AAUAUAUAUGGAUGUGCUCAAAAAUAGUUUCAGAGGAUUGUGUUGCAGAUUUGCUGAGCAGCACAAAAGUCCAGUACUAUAGAUACAGAUACAAGCUAUAGCAGUAAAACUUUUAUUACAUAACAAAUAUAUUAUUAUAAUCCUAAUAUGGAAGAGCUCAAAACAGAUCAAUGUGGCCAAGAAGACACUCCCAGAAUGACAAGACAGAUAUUCACCUCUACGUGUGUGUGCUCAGUUUCUCUUCCUAUUCGGUUCAAAGUCAAAGUGCCAUAAAAUCGGUGUCAUUCGUAGGAGAGUCGUGUUUCGUUCUUCACACUGAGACAGAUUCAAGACGGCGUCGAGACAAACUGCAGCUCCUUGGCUCCUGGAAGAUUACGGAGUGAAUGAAGAUCUCUUUUAAAAGGUUUGUUAGUUAGACCUCUUGACUGUUUUUUAUCUAUGUUACAUUAAAAGCUGUUAUUCUGUGACCUAUGUGCACCUUAACCUGUGGCACUGAGUGACCUUUAACAACGCAACAAAGAGAAAAACCUUUAUUUUUAAGUUGUCAUAAUGAUGAUGAGCAUAAAGUGUCGUUUGGAGGCAUUCAUUUUUUGGGGGGGGAAAAACUCAUCAUAUGGAUUUCUUUGUUUAGGCAGUAAGAAAGCUGAAAAUCGGUGAUGCUGAGAAAGGGGGAGUGUGUGUGGGUGGACUCUGAUAUCGGGGUACCCAUUGGUGCCAGGGUCAAAGUAACAACAGCUGGUCAGCGGUUACUGGUGGACGAUGAGGGAAAGGAGCAGAGUCUGUCCCAGGAGCAGGAGGUCUCGCUCAGGAUCAUGCACCCUACGUCAGUGGAGGGUGUGGAUGACAUGAUCAAACUGGGUGACAUGACCGAGGCCGGCCUCCUCCGAAACCUGCUGCUCCGACACAAACAAGGACUCAUCUAUACCUUCACGGGCUCGGUGCUGGUUGCAGUGAACCCGUACCAGGACUUUCCUUUAUAUUCAGCUGACCAGGUGAAGUUGUACCAUGGUCGAAAGCUCGGGGAACUCCCGCCACACAUCUUCGCCAUUGCUGAGUCCUGCUACUUCAACAUGACACGAAAUCUCAGGAACCAGUGCUGUAUCAUCAGCGGGGAGUCAGGAGCAGGGAAGACGGAGAGCACCAAGCUGAUCCUGCAGUACCUGGCAGCGAUCAGCGGGGAGCUCUCUGAACAGGGGAUUGAACAACAGAUCCUGGAGUCCAACCCAAUACUAGAAGCCUUUGGAAAUGCUAAAACAAUCCGCAACGACAACUCCAGUCGCUUUGGGAAAUAUUUGGAGAUCUUCUUCAAUAAGGACGGAGUGAUCGAGGGUGCUCGUGUGCAGCAGUAUCUCCUGGAGAAGUCUCGUGUCUGCCAUCAGGCACUGGAGGAGCGAAACUACCACAUCUUUCACUGCAUGCUGGCAGGAAUCACAGCAGAGGAGAAGAAAACUCUGAAGCUCCGAGACGCUAAGGAAUACAAAUUCCUUACUAAGGGAAACUGUAUCGUGUGCGACGGCAGGGACGAUGCCAAAGACUACAGUCGCAUUCGCUCUGCCAUGAGAAUCCUGACCUUCUCAGAAAACCAGUGUCAGGAAAUCUUCAAGCUGCUGGCAGCGAUAUUACACCUGGGAAACAUCUGCUUCGAGGCCACCACUCAAAACAACCUGGAAACCAGUGAUGUCAGCAAGUCGGAACAUUUCAGCAUGGCAGCAUCUCUACUGGAGGUGAAGAAGUCUUCUCUGGCGACUAGUUUGACCCACCGUUCCUUUAUGACCAACAGAGAGAGGGUGACCAAACCCCUCAGCUCUGAACAGGCUGCCGGCAGUAGAGACGCCUUCGUCAAGGCGAUCUACAACAAGCUGUUCAUAUGGAUCGUCGAGAAAAUCAACAGUGUUAUCUAUAAGAAGUUGACCAACAGCCCCAAGUCUUCCUACCUGUCCAUCGGCCUGCUGGAUAUCUUUGGCUUUGAGAACUUCACCACAAACAGUUUUGAGCAGCUGUGCAUUAACUUUGCCAACGAGAAGCUCCAGCAGUUCUUUGUGGGUCACAUCUUCAAGCUAGAGCAGGAGGAGUACCUGAAAGAGGAUAUUGUGUGGAGUAACAUCGACUUCUGUGACAAUCAAAACAUCUUGGACCUUCUGGCUGGGAAAUCCUGCAACCUGCUGGCUCUCAUUGAUGAGGAGAGCAAUUUUCCAAAGGGCUCAGAUAUCACUAUGCUGAACAAGAUGAACCAGCAACACAGCGGGAACAAGACCUACAUCGCCUCAAAGAGUGAAUAUGACACAAGCUUUGGGAUUCAACACUAUGCAGGCGUGGUUUACUAUGACUCCACAGGGUUCCUGGAAAAGAACAGAGACGCCGUCAGUUUUGACAUGAUCAAGACGGUUGAACUGUCCACCAAUAAGCUACUUCAUCAGAUAUUUGAGAGUGAGCUUUCAACCAAUGGCACGAAGAUUACAAACAACAAGAGGGUCAUCAUGACACCCAAGAGCUCUCUACGGGCCCAGGCUGACAAACGUAAACAAGUGCCGACGCUGAGCGGUCAGUUCCGUCAGUCUCUGGACUCCCUCAUGAAGGCUCUGUCCACCUGCCAGCCUUUCUUCAUCCGCUGCUUCAAACCCAACAAUGACAAGCAGUCUAAGGUGUUUGACAGAGAGCUGUGUAUGCGUCAGCUGAGAUACUCCGGCAUGAUGGACACCAUCCGCAUCCGGAAUCUGGGAUAUCCAAUUCGCCACACCUUUCAGGAAUUCCUGAAGCGCUACAGGGUGCUCCUGAAGACGACUGUCUGUGACCCCAAAACUGAGACAGCUGCUGCCUGUUGUGAAGCCAUCUGCAAGACAGUGAUUAAAGGGGAGCACGAGUGGAAAAUAGGCAGCACCAAGAUUUUCCUGAAGGAUGCUCAUGACGCCAUCCUGGAACGACUGAGGGAACAAGAACUCAGCAGGAUAGCUGUUGUGAUCCAGAGGGUCGUGCUCGGACACAAAGACAGAAAGUCUUUCCUGAAGAAGCGAAGGGCAGCUGUGUUGCUGCAGAAGAACUGGAGAGCUUACAGAGAACAGAAGCUCAAGCGCGGCUAUGAGCGGCUGACAUCAAAGAUCCGCGGCCGGAAACAACAGUUUGCGUACAUAAGACAGAGAGAAGCAGCGAUCACCAUACAGACACAGGUACGAGGCUACCAGAUGAGGAAGCGCUGGAAGCAGAAGAGAGAGGCAGUCAUACUGCUGCAGGCUCACACCAGAGGAGUCCUGGCCAGAAGAGCAACUCACAAGAUGACGAAUGAUGCCUUCACCGCACGCCUGGAGAAAGAGAAGCAGGAGCAAAUAGCCUUGACGCUUCAGCGUGGACUGGAGGGACUUGUCACCCAGUCUGAGGAGGAGGAGCCGGAGCCGGAGCCGGAGCCGGAGCUGGAGCUGGAGCUGGAGCUGGAGCCGGAGCUGGAGUCAGUCACUGAACAGGAACAGGAUUCAGAGGAGAACUCGUUUGAACUCCAGCCAGAACCUGCUGUGAAAGUGGUGAAACAAAAAACUAGUCGAACAGACGAAUUUGAGACUGUGAAGAAGAGACAGGUCAUUCCAGAGCCAGCUGAGGAAACCUCUUUAGACACCUCAGGGUCGGAUUCAGAAAUCAUCGCUCCAAAGUCAACCACCCCUACCUCAUCGCUGGAAGAGGAAGAUGACGAGUUUGAUGACGAGGGCGACAAGUUUUCAUUCUCCAAUUUCAGCAUCAUUCACUUCCAGGGCGACGCUACUCACAUGCACAUCACCCAGAGACUGAGGCAGCCCCUUCUGCAACACGACGAUGAGGGUGACGCACUGGCCUGUCUGACUGUGUGGUGGAUUAUUCUACGGUUCAUGGAGGACAUACCAGAACCAAAAUUUCUGGACGCAACAUCUCUAGCAUCCAGCACCAUCUCGCGUCAGCUGCCUCACAGGCAGGGCAGGAGGCUGAGCAACCUGGUGGGACUUGACCAGAAAAUACUGAGGAAGAACAAGAAAAAGCUCGGGGGUGGAACCAGAAGAGCUUCUGCGAUCCCUGAGGAGCCUGAGAACUUGACAGAAGACGAGGACGUUUUGAUUGGAGAAGGUCCGACUCUGGAUCGGCCUCUUUCAUCGCUGGAGAAACUGCACAUUAUCACUGGAUACGCUCUGUCCAGACGAGACAUACGGGAUGAGAUUUACUGCCAGAUCUGUAAGCAGCUGGUGAACAACAAGAACAGGAAGAGCCGUAUGCAAGGCUGGACCCUCCUCUCCAUCUGUCUUGGGAUCUUCCCUCCAACAGACCAGUUCAUGCAGUAUUUGGAGAGUUUUUUCCACAGAGGACCAAUUGGUUAUGAAGUAUAUUGCGCUGAGCGGCUGCGUCGUACAAAAGCCAAUGGAGAAAGAAAAGAGUUGCCCUGUUGGAUAGAGCUACAGGCUGCCAAAUCCAAGGAGCCCAUCGACGUGUCUGUGACUCUGAUGGACGGCCGUACCGUCAGUCUACAUCUGGAGUCAGCGUCCACCUCCGCUGAAGUCUGUCAAACUGUGGCUGAUAAGACAGAUCUCAAGGACACCUAUGGAUUCUCUCUGUACAUCAGCCUCUUUGAUAAGAUGUGGUCUCUGGGCAGCUGUGGGAGACAUGUGUUGGAUGCGGUGUCUCAGUGUGAGCAAGAGAUGAAGCGGCAGGGCAAAGAGGAGAAGGACGCCCCCUGGAGUCUCUCUCUCCGCAAGGAACUGUUCACACCCUGGCAUGACUGCUCAGUGGACCCGAUCAGCACAGACCUGAUUUACAGGCAGGUCAUGAAGGGAAUUAAGUCGGGAGAGUACACCAGUGACAAGGAGGAUGAAUAUGUCCAGCUGGCAACCAGGCAUUAUUACAUCAGGUUCGGCUCUGCAUACAACAAAGAGAACGUCCGGCACGUGGUUGAGGAGUGCAUCACCACCCAACUUAUUGAGAACAAAUCUAUGACCAAAUGGAUCCAACUCAUCAGCGCUGCACUUUUACAGGGUUCUUACGCCAGUGGGAGGCAGAGCACAGAAAGCGUUAAAGGGGAGUUGGUCGACAGCGCCCAAGAAAAAUGGCCGCUCCACUUCUCCAAGUUUUAUGAAGUAACAAUGAUGUCAGGACCUCCUUUGCCCAAAAGCAGGUUUGUUGUGGCUGUAAACUCGAAAGGCAUCUUCUUCAUGGAUGGAAGAGAAAAGAAACUUCUUGAGAUUCUUUACCUAGAAGUGAAGGACGUCAGCAAGAUGAGUGGCCAGUCAGUGACUUUGGCCACACUCCAAGGAGACUUUGUCCUGAAGUGUGGAGAAGCUGUGGACCUGGCUGCACUUAUAGAGUAUAACCUUGAAGGGCUGAGACAGCACUCGGUGUAUGCAGUGGCUCAGCAGGAUACCAGUAAACCAGAUGACCCCAUGUUCCUGGUUUGUAAACGAGGCGACCUGCUGCUGGUAGAAAAAGACGAGGAUUAUUCUCAUGAGGAGAGCUGGAUCAAAGCAUCUAACCAGCGGACUGGUAGCAGCGGUGUAGUCUACAAGGAUACAAUCCAGUUUCUGCCAACUCUCACCAGUCCCACUGAAGAAGUGCUGGAGCUGCUCGGUCCAGGCUCGAAGAAACAUUCACCCGCACAAAGCAACACGCAGAGAGAAGAAUCAGUGGCUCCUGCCUCUUUGAAAGAGUUUGCACUUGAGAACUUCAGGCCUGCAGGUAAAGAUGUGGGUCGACAGGGUGCGUCCAAAGGGGUCAGCAGGGAGAAGCUGUGGGUUUGUUCCAGAGAACCUCUCAAGCAGCCGCUGAUGAAGAGUCUGGUCCGCAACUCUGACCUCAGCUCCCUGGCCUGCAACGCCUUCACUGCUAUCCUGAAGUACAUGGGCGACUACCCCAUCAAACACGCUCGCAGCCCUAUAGAGCUGACUGACCAGAUCUUUGCUCCGGCCACCCAGCAUGAAGCCCUGCAGGAUGAGAUCUACUGCCAGAUUAUGAGACAGAUGACCAGCAACAACAACAGGUUGAGCAUGGAGCGUGGGUGGCAGCUGAUGUGGCUGUGUACAGGCUUGUUCACGCCCAGUCAGAAUUUGAUCAAAUUCACUAAGCGCUUCCUGGAGUCACGGCCCAGAGACCUGCUGGCUGCCGUUUGCCUGCAGAGGCUGCAUGGGAUGUGCAGUAAGGAGCCCAGGAAGCUUCCUCCCCAUCUGGUAGAGGUGGACGCCAUCCAACAGAACAGCACCAUGAUCUUCCAUAAAGUCCAUUUCCCAAAUGACACAAGUGAAAUAUUUGAGGUAACAUCGACAACCACAAUGAGAGACCUGUGUUCUAGUGUUGCCUCUCAUCUCAAUCUGAGCUCAGCGGAGGGAUAUGGCUUCUACCUGAAAACACCAAACAAGAUAACGAGCUUGGAUGAGCAGAAAUAUUUCUUUGACAGUUUAAGGCAGACUUCAGACGCCCCAAAGAAAGAAAGAAAACGAGUGAAAGAAGGCAACCAUGCCAAUGUUCCCUACCUGGUGAUCUUUAAGAGGAAGCUGUGGUUUAACGUGAGCCCCGGGAAAGACCUGGUCGCAGACCUCACCUUCCAUUUCCCACAGGAGCUGCCUAAGUACCUGCGAGGAUACCACAGUUACACCAAAGAGGACAUGAUCAACCUGGGUGGGCUUCUGUUCAGAUGCAACGUGGAUUCAGACAGGUCGCAGUUUGUCAUGAUCCCCAAGAUGCUGAGGGAGCUGGUUCCUGCUGACCAAAUAAAAAUCAUGUCUGCUGAAGAGUGGAAGAAGCACAUCAUCUCCUCCUACAGCAAGCAGAGUGGCAUCACGGUGCAGGAGGCUAAAAUCGCCUUCCUGAGAGCCAUUUCAAGUUGGCCGACCUUCGGCUGUGCCUUCUUUGAAGUUAAACAAACUUGUGAAUCUAGCUACCCAAACCCAGUUUUGAUUGCUAUCAGCAAGCAGGGUGUCAGCUUAAUAGACCCAAAGAGCAAGGAGCUGCUGAUCAUGCACCCGUUCAGCCGCAUCACCGACUACCACAGCACAGGCAACUUCUUCGAGAUGACCAUCGGCACCCUGUUGAGGGGGUUCAACUUCGUCUGUGAAACCUCACAGGCCGACACAAUGGAAGACCUUCUCAGAUCGUACGUCAGCAUGUACGAGAGGCACAAACAGGCCUUUCGUCCGAAGAACCACAUGUUUUCCUGAGCCUUCGAGGACAAGUAUAGACCGAACUGCUGAGAGUUAUGUGCACGCAUAAUUGAUUUCUUUAUAUCCAUAUAUUUGCAUGCUUUAAAAGACAAAAUUUGUCAAAAAGAUAUUUAUUGAUAACUAUUGCAGUCACUGAAAACCAGAUGCGUCGUCCUGCUACAUCAUUUUGUCAUUUCAGCUGCACUAGAUUAAGCCCUUGUUUUUGCUUUAAUUUGAUGCUUUCAUAUAUUUGAAUGUUGUGAAUUACUGUUUUACUUUUCCUGAUUCUCAUUUUUUCAUGUUUUAUUACACAGUCUCAUCACCCUGAAAUUAAACAGUUUAAAUCCAAGGAAACACUCUUUUCCUUUAUUUUUUCUUGUGGCAGUACAAUGAGGGUUUUACACAUGUUGUUAUUCAGUGGACCUACAGUAUUCUGCACACUGUACACAUGUAGUUCCAAAUAACAACAACAUAAUUUUGAAUGUUUGUAUGUAUGUAUUUAUGAUUUUAUUAUUGUAAGCAAUUGCGAGAACUGUGUACAUUUCUUAUUUUUCGCUGAGCAAGUUCAGCUACAAUAAUGAUUAGAUAAUAAUGUUUAGAAUAUUUAUAAUUAAUGUCUGUUAAUGAGUCUCUUAAAUAAUGUAAAUAUAUUCAUACACAUAUCUGAAAAGAACGUGAAUAUGUAUUUUGGUGUACAUACAGUAUAUCAUUUAAUAAAAAAUAAUUCAUAAUAA